CCCCAUUGGCAGGCGCCGGGGGCGGCGAGCCAAUCGCGCGGGGGGAGAAGGCGGGCGAAGGCGGUGGCGCCUGCGAAGAUGGAGGAGUACGCGCGUGAGCCCUGUCCCUGGAGGAUAGUAGAUGACUGCGGAGGUGCUUUCACGAUGGGAGCAAUAGGAGGUGGCAUUUUCCAAGCUAUCAAGGGGUUCAGAAAUUCCCCAGUGGGUGUAAACCACCGGCUGCGGGGAAGUUUGACAGCUAUUAAAACAAGAGCUCCACAACUGGGAGGUAGCUUUGCUGUCUGGGGAGGUCUCUUCUCCAUGAUUGACUGCAGUAUGGUCAGAAUGAGAGGGAAAGAAGAUCCCUGGAAUUCAAUCACAAGCGGAGCCCUGACUGGAGCCAUAUUAGCUGCAAGAAAUGGACCUGUUGCCAUGGUCGGAUCUGCUGCGAUGGGAGGAAUUCUCCUAGCUUUAAUUGAAGGAGCUGGUAUUCUGUUAACAAGAUUUGCCUCCACACAGUUUUCAAACGGCCCUCAGUUUUCAGAUGACCCCUCCCAGUUGCAGCCCUCUCCGUUUGGCGACUACAGACAAUACCAGUGAUUAUCCUCAUUCUCCUAGUUCACGUUGUACCUGAGCUGUAAUUUAAAAUGCUGGAGGACCAAGAUGCGGUAUGUCUUUACACCAAUGGUAGUCUCUUACACAAACCAUGCCAAGAGGACCUUCAGCACUUGUCAGUGUAAAGCUGCACAGGAGAACUUUUAGAAGAUGACAAAUCUAUUUAUUCAUUAUAGAGUCCAUUGUUGUAAUGUUAAUACAUGUCUGAUAGAAUACAUGGAGAUUUAAGACAAGGACCAAAUGGAGUCUUGUCAUCCUUUGGACAUGGACUGAAGUGAAAGUCUUUGGAGUCUUCCCUGGGAUGUGGCAUUGACCAUCCACAGUGAACGCAGCUGGAAUUUAGCCUCUUCCCCAUCGGACUUAGGUUGCUACACAUAUUUCAGCUUAAGGAAAAGAGUUCAUCUCCACACAGUUUUCCACUCCUAAAGCGAAUAUUACUGGAGAAUGUGCAAGCCAGUGAAAAUUACUUCCAGCAAAAUAUAUAUUUCACUGCUGUUCUUUGUUUUCUAUGCUACUGCCUAAGUGCAGCCUAAGUUCUUCGGCUAAAGCAGAAUCUGCCUUUUGUGGAUCCGCAGGCUGCAGCAUACCUCUGCCUUCCUCUAAACCCACAAGGCUUUGAGCCCCUUUUAGGAAGAGGUGGCAGCAAACUAAUUCUUCACCUCUGCUGCUGCUUGCUGUGGCUUUCGCAGCAGGGGAACACCACAGACAGCUUCCCCUCCUAGAACAGUGCAGUGAGACGUGUGUAGGAGUCCCCAACAGAAAACGUGUAGGCCUGUGGGGCUGGAGGGUGAAGCAUUGCACCUGCAUGCCUGCUGCCAGUGCAGCCUUUUGCCUUUUCACCUCAGAUCCAGUCCUAAACAUGAUUUGAAACAUCUGCUCCAUGUUUUUAUUCUUGAACUCCAGUUGUGGAGGCAUGUUCCCUCUUGUCAGCAGUUAAAAAAUCAUAUCCAGUGACGUUUUCUGUUGUUAGUUAAUACUAUUGCUUGCUGGCAGUUCCUGAUAGAACAUCUGUAUUCAAAAAGACUUGAGUAAUAUUA